UCCUUUUUUCUUUUUGUCUAAAUCAAUGUUACCGCUCCUUCACCCUUCGCCGAGAGUGUAAAAUCCAGCACCAAAACCCCAACGCGGUAGUCUCCACUUCCCACUGUUGCGUCUCUUCCGUCGACGAGACCAUCCGAGCUAAUUUCUCCCUCUCAAGCCCCUCAUUUUAUCUCGCCAGCCUGUCGUCGCAUUUUCUGUCCUUCAUUGCGGCUCCUAGUUCAGCCUCCUUGUGUUGUAAAGAAGUCUUCGAUUCUCCGGUUGAUUUUGUUCCCGUUCAUUUCAAACCUGAAAACUUGCAGGCGUUAGAAACAAAGCAGACCUCCAAAGUUUUGUGUGAACUGAGAUAUCAUCUCAGUGGGAUAUGUGCUUCAGUUUUUUCACAGAAUCAUAAUUGGGAAGCAGAGAAUGGAAGGAGAGGAAAAUUGGGAAGCAGGAACCAUAGGAAAGAUAAAUUUAUGCAAAAAUCAGAACUUAGCAUCAGAGCAACUUCCAAUCUCACUGGGCAGAUCCAUCACCUCCCUUGCAGCAUCAAACAUGAAGGCCCUUGUGCUGUUUCCCAGUAUUUCAAACCCAAGCCCACAGGCAUUGAACUGGAAGGACUGGUAGUGGAGGAAGCCUAUUUCAGAGGCAGGAAUUUGCUGGGUGCUACACUUCCUCUUCCACCUGGCUAUUCUGGUUUUGUCCUUGGAAAGAAGAAUGAUAAAAAAAGAAAAGGGUCUGAUUUGUCUGAACAGCAUUCCAACUGUUGGGACUUGAAUGCAAAAUUUGAAAAUGUAACAUAUUGGAAUCAUGAUAGCUUACCUUCACAAGAUGAUACCUUUUUGCGUUCCCUUCAUUGGCUGUCUGUUGCACAAGCACUGCACAAGCCUGUAACAGCUGAAGAUUUGGCUUCUGCAUCUAUUACCACUCUGGAGAAAAAGAGAUGAAUCGCUUAGGAUAUCUGGGGAUUUUCUCGUUGGUAUGUUGCUCCUUCAGUGGGCUAAUCCCAAAGUAGGUUUUUAUGUUUGUUUUCAUAGCAGAAUUCUCUCUGCAGUCAUAAGGAUUCGAAUCAAUUUUGCUACAAAUUAAUUCAUAUGAAUCUGUACCUGAAUCUUACCGUUGAUUUGAAGAUUUGAAACUUAUGAUUUUCGAAUCAA